AUGGACGGAACUCCCAACUCCGAUACGGAACAGAAUACCCCCAGUCCGAUCCCUCAGCGCAAGAUGAAGUCUUAUAGUAUUGACAGCAUCCUUGGUAGAAGUCCCACUAAAGACAGCGCAACUGAUGCAAACUGUGAUUUACGUCUUCACGGUUCUCCUCAACCACACUGCCUGUCCGAGACACGCUUACACAGCCCCAACGUUCUCCCCCGGGACAAUUGCUACAGCUCUCCCCGGGGGGACGGGCAGGAAUGCUAUGGCUCCCCACACGGUGAGGGUCGAGAUUGCUACGGGUCCCCAACUGAUGAGGGUCGAGAUUGCUACGGGUCCCCUCGUUGUGAUGUGAAAGACGAGUCUUCCAUAGAGGAGAUUGAUGAGGGUCGGGGUAUUGAUGUCACUGGUUCUGAGGCUGAAGACAACGGAUCCAAACCCAGAAAAAUCCGGCGUAGUCGAACAACGUUCACGACGUUCCAGUUGCACCAGCUAGAGCGGGCGUUCGAGAAAACCCAGUACCCAGAUGUUUUCACACGGGAGGAACUGGCUAUGAGACUAGAACUCAGCGAAGCACGCGUACAGGUCUGGUUCCAAAAUCGCCGUGCCAAGUGGAGAAAGAGAGAGAAAGCCCUUGGAAGAGAAAGUCCCAAUUUUCUGUCUGGAGAAUCCCCCCAAUCAUUAUCCGACCUUCCCCCUCUAGGGGCUCCACCAAUGGCUCUGCAGUCGACCCUUGACCCCUUCUGGUCUGCCAGGUUUCCCAAUCUCACCGGAAUCAGCCCCAUGCUUGCAAUCAACCAUAUCGGAGGAAUGCCGCCUCAAUAUUUCCAAGGAAAAGCUGUGACCCCUUUCGGCGGACUUUUGUCUAACUAUAUGGUAACGGCUGGAAACAUCCCCGUUCAAAACAUGUUCAUGGGAUCCCAAAUGGCCGCCAUGGCAUCAUCACCUUUAAAUCUCGCGCCAUCGAGAGUCUCGGCUGAAAACGAGAGUUUGGACAUGAGAAAAUCCAGCAUCGACGCCCUCCGCUUAAAAGCAAAAGAACAUUCCGCUACAAUGGGCGAUCAGAUUGUAUUCUCUGGUCUGGGUCACCCACACCAGGAGGUGGCCAAAUCGUGA